AUGAUAAUCGCUAUUAUUCGAAUNCAUCGGUACUCGUACUCGGACCCUCCGUCGCCUCUCAUCCUCAACUCGCUCCUCUCCGCCGCCGCGGUCGACUCGCGCCCCGCGCUCGCCCUCCGCCUCCUCUCCCUCCUCCGCUCCUACGGCUACCUCCCCGACCUCCCCAGCUACUCCCACAUCCUCACCUCGCUCCUCCGCUCCCCGGACCCCCCCGACCCCGCCAUCGUCGCGCGCCUCCUCGCCGACCUCCGCGCCCUCCGCCUCGAGCCCGACGCGCGCCUCUUCUCCGACCUCGUCGCCGCGUUCUCCCGCGCCGCCGACCCCGACGCCGCCCUCGCCAUACUCGCCGCCGCCCAGGCCCUCGGCCUCACCCCGCGCUCCUCCGCCGUCGUCGCCCUCCUCUCCGCCCUCGGCGCCGAAGGCCGCGUCGCCGAGGCCGAGGCCAUCUUCCUCGAGUUCUACCACGCGGGCGAGAUCCGCCCCCGAACCCGCGCCUACAACGCCCUACUGAAGGGCUACGUCAAAAUCGGAUCUUUGAAGAGCGCCGAGCACGUGCUCGACGAAAUGUCCCAAUGGGAAGUGAGCCCCGACGAGGCCACGUACAGCCUCCUCAUCGACGCGUACACCAAUGCCGGCCGGUGGGAGAGCGCCCGCAUCCUGCUCAAAGAGAUGGAGGCCAACGACCUCCGCCCCAACUCCUACAUCUUCAGCCGCAUCCUCGCCAGCUUCCGCGACAAAGGACAGUGGCAGAAAUCGUUCGCCGUGCUCAGGGAAAUGAGAAUAAAUGGGAUCAGCCCCGACCGCCACUUUUAUAAUGUGAUGAUUGAUACAUUUGGAAAGUACAAUGGCCUUCGCCAUGCACUGGAUGCGUUCGACCAGAUGCGGGCCAACGGGAUCGAGCCGGACAUCGUUACAUGGAACACGAUCAUUGAUGCACACUGCAAGGCAGGGCGUCACAACCGCGCCUUGCAGCUAUUUGAGGAAAUGCAGGCGAGUGGCUGCCCACCUGGAACGACAACGUACAACAUUGUGAUUAAUUCGUUGGGAGAGCAGGAAAGGUGGGGCGAGGUGAAAGAGACAUUGGAGAAGAUGAAAGAACAAGGACUGUUGCCAAAUGUAAUAACUUAUACCACACUUGUGGAUGUGUAUGGGAAGUCAGGGAGAUUCAAAGAGGCGAUUGAGUGCUUGGAGGCGAUGAAAGCAGAUGGGAUGGCGCCUUCACCCACAAUGUAUCAUGCUUUGGUCAAUGCAUAUGCACAGAGAGGCUUAGCAGACCAAGCAAUAAAUGCAUUUAAGGUCAUGAGAGCAGAUGGCAUAGAACCUAGCGUAUUAGUCCUUAACUCGUUGAUUAAUGCAUUUGGUGAGGAUCGAAGAGAUGCUGAAGCCUUUUCUGUAUUGCAAUACAUGAAGGAAAAUGAUCUGAAGCCAGAUGUUGUCACAUACACAACCCUCAUGAAAGCUUUAAUCCGUGUUGAAAAGUUUGAAAAGGUUCCUGCUGUUUAUGAAGAAAUGAUUUCAUCAGGAUGUGCACCUGAUAGAAAGGCGAGAGCGAUGUUGCGUUCAGCUUUACGCUACAUGAAACAAAUGCAGACUUCAUAGCACAGUUAACGUGGAUUCACAAAUUGAACUUGAGCCUGUAGACAGGAGCUUUGAUGUUAUUUCAAGUGAAUUAACUUGUGCUAAAAGGUCAGGCAAUAGAUAUUCAGUUCAAACGAACAAAAUGAAAUAUUCGUCAGCGAGGGCAAGCCAACAAAUUACCUCGCAAAAUCACCUGAGAGGAACCACCCACAGUGACAGAACCCACAUUGAUUGUUGUAUGUAUUCCUAUAAAUUUGUAAAUUACUGUAUCCAUCUACUUGUUUACCUUUGUCAAUAAUCUCUCAUAGCCUAAUGUAAGUUAGACAAUAUAAAAAAGAAAAAAAAGGGGAAAUGUGAAAUGUUGGGGUUUUUGGAGUUCCCUAGUGUGCUUUUACUCAGAAGCAUAUUUCACAGGAUUGUUAUAGAACUAUUUUCUAUUAAAAGCUUCAUAUAAAAUGCAUACAACGAUCAUUUGCACUC